AAUGACGAAAGGCCAUCAAGGUCAUUUGAAUGGUGUCAAGAUGGCGUUGAGAAUUCUGGUGGGAUGCAAGCGAGUGAUAGACUACGCUGUCAAGGUUCGUGUGAAGCCAGAUAAGAUGGGCGUGGUGACGGAGGGUGUGAAGCACAGCAUGAACCCCUUUGAUGAGAUAGCAGUUGAGGAAGCAGUGAGGAUGAAGGAGAAGAAGUUAGCCAGCGAGAUCAUAGCUGUAUCUUGUGGACCUCAGCAAUGUCAGGAGACACUUAGGACAGCUCUAGCCAUGGGGCUGGACAGGGGCAUACAUGUGGAGAUCAGUGGCAAGGAUUACGAGACUUUACAGCCAUUCCAUGUGUCUAAAAUACUGGCCAAGAUAGCGGAAGAAGAGAAAGUGGAUAUUAUCUUCUUAGGAAAACAGGCUAUUGAUGACGACUGCAAUCAGACAGGACAGAUGACAGCAGCACUAUUAGACUGGCCACAGGCAACUUUUGCAUCGAAAAUAGAAAAAAAUAAUGGCGAUCUAAUGGUUACCAGGGAAAUAGAUGGGGGUCUGGAGACCAUCAAUGUAAAGCUUCCCUGUGUAAUUACCUCUGAUCUACGCCUCAAUGAACCAAGAUAUGCAACUCUUCCAAAUAUUAUGAAAGCCAAGAAGAAACCAAUAGCCAAAAAAUCCCCGGCAGAUCUUGGGGUGGACGUCUCACCCCGGCAGGAGGUGUUAAGUGUAGAGGACCCCCCAGUAAGAGAGGCUGGGUCCAUAGUACAAGAUGUAGAUGAAUUGGUGAGCAAGCUAAAGGCAGCAGGAGUAGUCUAGGUUCAAUGGGUAA